AUGGCUAUCCUCCUCAACAACAGCAACGCCAAGAAGAAGAACGCCCACGCCAUGACAGCGCCAUACCCACAAACACCACCAGCAGGCGGCUACUACCCACCCCAACAGCCGAUGCCCCGAAACAACGGCUACUUCGGUGCCCCUCUACAACCCUACAGAAGCCACUCGCAGCCCGCGCGCGUCCGUUUCGCAGACCAAGACUCCGACCGCAGCACAAGUCUAGGCUCCGUGUCCGACUCGGACGACUACUCUCCACCCCGGCACAGCAACAGCAACAGACACCACCGCCAUCAUAGCCACUCCACCCGCGACCGUUCCACCUCUCGCGAUCGCGACCGCUCGCGCAACGAACGCAGACACAAACCGCGCAAGUCACACUCGUUUGACAAGGCACACGAGGACAAGCACAAGAACAGAGAUACGUUCCUCGGCGCAGGCGCAGGCACGAUCAUCGGGGAUGUGAUCUUCCCUGGUUUGGGCACAGCAGCUGGCUUAGUGCUGGGUGGCUACGGGGGCAGGAAGUAUGCUGAUCAGAGGAGUAAGAGCGAUUAUGCGGGGAGCGAGAGGAGGAGCCAUAGGGGGAGCCGGAGGGCGGGGGAUGAUGGAUGGGAUGAGAAGACGAAGACGUAUCGGAAGGGUGCGGCUGUGAGGUGA